GGCCCCACAAGGACAGAGAGAGACAAACUCUCUGCGUGCGUGCGUGCGUGCGUGCGUGCGUGCGUGCGUGCGCGCGGCUGGGAAUAGCUGGGGCCAUGUGAUUCCUUCAGGUUCUAUUUCCACAUGCUGUCCAAGCGCCACGCGACCUGCUGUGCUCCUGCUAACGCUUGGGACCCUUUUAAAAUGUGACACCGUCCCAAAUGUUGUCGUUGAAAAGCCUGACAACAUCGGUGCGUCUGCAUUGGACCGACACUAACAGGUACAGAUGAUGUUUGUUUACCGUACUUGUCCCGGUCGGAUAACUGCGGCGUGCUGUGGGAACUGACCACAGAGGGUCGGGGGAGGGGCGUGGGACCCCCGUCUGAUGUCACUGGAGCCUUGUGGGGCACAUUAGAAGCAGUGUACAGCGUGAUAGCAGAGAGGAUGGUCUGUUCAAAGGAGAGUCAGACUGACGUGCUAAUGCUAUCAUUGCUGUCCACAUGGGCCUUGCAGACUCAACUGGUCUUAACCCCCCGACUGCUGCAAACAGUCGUUCAGUGGGGUGAAUGAAAGUGCAGGAGGAGAGCGCCGGCCCGCCGAGCCUCGUGCGUCGUGCUUGGCACGCCCUCCUCUUUCUCAAAGGUCAGCGGCUUUGAUGGCCAGGGGGUCAUGUGACCGCUUCCUCUCACCCCAGCCUCCUACUGGUGGGACAUGGGACCUGACCUGCGCCUCCAAACCUCCGGCCCUCUUCCUUAUUUCCCAUGUAGCAGUAACAGUGGUGGGGGCCGGUCUGAGCCUGAUCUAUUCUCUGCAUGCAGAAUGUCUGGAACCUGCAAAACAAGAAAAAAUGGACGCCCUCCUGGGUCCAGACGCCCUAAAUGUCUGACCGUUAGGGUCUGUAGAAAGCCUGCUCGUAGUCUCGUCACGCUGGUCGCCAUGAAAAGGGUGUUUCUGCCCGCCAGUUUUGCCGAAUAUGGUCAAGAUUCGCAGAUCCUCCACCCUUUUGCAGCCGUAGCUUGGCUGCCAUGUUUGUUUUCCAGCCUAAUCUGGCUGUUGUCCACAUCUGGCGCGUCGCCACGCUCGCGGCAUGGAAGCGCUGUGACCGGAGGGAUGUCUGAACUCGUAGCUUUGUGACCGCAGGAGGGUUUUGGAGUGACUUUUGGCACGAAGCGCGCUCGGCCCCCUGCCCUGAGCCGUGCUGCGAGCUGCGCUGGGGAGCGCUGCUCACCGCGCCGCGGCUCACAGCCAUGCCGAAUGGGAGCAGAAGAGCUGAACUGGGUUUCACAUAAGUUUGAUUGAUUUAAUCUAGAGACAAGUCUUCAUGUAGAUAUUUUGGGUUUUUUUUUUUUAAUUCCUCAGGGUGAGCUGAGUCAAACAGCCGCUCAGGAGACUCCUGCUUCUCCCAGUGUUAAAGCUACUGAGUUCAUCUCUGUUCCCGAGUCUUUUUUCACUCAGAUGUUUGUCUUUAUAAACGGGUCUAAUAGAUGUUUACAGCUUGUUUUUUACACAGCUACUUUUGACAAAGUGGUCGUUGACACGGCGUGUCGGGAGGUGCUGGGGGCGGAGUUUUGUUUGAGGCCCUGUUUCAAAACCCUAGCGAGACGCCUGGUCUGUGCAGCUGCGCGUCGGCCCUCUGUGGUCAGAGGUGGGAGCGCGGCAGGUUUCCAGGAAGCCGCCUCUGCUUGCCAGAGCUGCUGGAGCUUCUGGGCCACCUCAGCUGCAGAGGCGCUUGUGUUGCGUAACAGCUGUCGGCCGUCCGUCCCGUGAUUGAUGAACUUUCUCGGCGCUCCAUUCUCUCUCUGCCUGAGGGCUGCUCCCACCGUGUUGUGGAGCACUUACGUAACUUCAAACCAGUUUGUCCCACACCGUGCGCUGAGUGACAGUGGCUUGUUUUACAGUCUGGCGCUGAUGGUGCUGGAAUGCGAAGACAAACGGCAUGUCCCAGUAAAUGAGCUGCUUCAGUGCAGCAGAUGGUGAGAGCCGAUAAGUGCUUUUCCAUCCUCACGGUUCCACGCGUGAAGAUAAGUGACCCUGCCUCGGAACCAGCGCUUCACUGAAGGUCUUUUCAGAUGCAGAGACAGACGGCUCACACAUGGCUCUCAAGAGGACUGCAUCAUCUGAACUAAGCUGUCGUCCUGUUGUUUCAGCGAGGACAGUUGGCUUGUGUGCUGCGAGGUCUUCUCUGGAUGCAGCACCAGGUGCUUCAGGAACUCAUCCGUGGUUUGACCAGCAUGUGCUGUGUUGUCCAGCUCCAGUCUUCCCCGGCCUCCGUCUCUGUGAGCGGCUCCAACUCAACUGAAGCUGCUUGGCUCCGUCAGGAGUGCAGGGGAUCCAGUGAGCGCCCGUCGUCAUGGCGCUGCAGACCUUGGUGCAUUUUGGGAAGCAGCUGCUGAGAGUGAAGGUGGUCAACUGCAACGCCGAAGACUCGCGCCUGUCACGAUGCCUCAACACCUUUGACCUGGUGGCCCUGGGGGUGGGCAGCACGCUCGGGGCCGGCGUCUACGUGCUGGCCGGCGCCGUGGCCCGAGAGAACUCCGGGCCCGCCAUUGUGCUGUCCUUCUUGAUCGCCGCGCUGGCCUCUGUGCUAGCGGGGCUGUGCUACGCCGAGUUCGGCGCUCGUGUUCCCAAGACCGGAUCUGCUUAUCUCUACUCCUACGUGACUGUUGGAGAGCUGUGGGCCUUCAUCACGGGAUGGAACCUCAUCCUGUCCUACAUCAUCGGCACCUCCAGUGUGGCGCGGGCGUGGAGCGCCACCUUCGACGAGCUGGUGGGGAAGCGCAUUGAGCUCUUCUGCAGGGAGUACAUGUCCAUGAAGGCUCCCGGGGUGUUGGCGGAGUAUCCCGACAUGUUUGCUGUCCUCAUCAUCGUCACCCUCACAGGCCUGCUGGCGUUCGGCGUGAAGGAGUCGGCCAUGGUCAACAAGGUGUUCACCUGCAUCAACGUCCUGGUGCUGCUGUUCAUGGUCAUCUCUGGCCUGGUGAAAGGAACCUUGAAGAACUGGCAGAUCGACCCGGAGGAGGUGCUCCGUGCCAACCACACCAGCAACUCCAGCCUCAACCUGACUCAGCUGGUGCCGGACAGAGAGAGCUUGGGCCAGGGGGGCUUCAUGCCGUUUGGCUUCUCUGGCGUCCUCUCUGGCGCCGCCACCUGUUUCUACGCCUUCGUGGGCUUCGACUGCAUCGCCACCACAGGUGAGGAAGUGAAGAACCCGCAGAGGGCCAUCCCCAUCGGCAUCGUGGCCUCGCUGCUCAUCUGCUUCGUGGCGUACUUCGGCGUGUCGGCCGCCCUCACCAUGAUGAUGCCGUACUACCUGCUGGACAGCAACAGCCCGCUGCCCGUGGCCUUCAACUACGUGGGCUGGGGAGGAGCCAAGUACGCUGUGGCCGUGGGCUCCCUGUGCGCUCUGUCCACCAGCCUGUUGGGCUCCAUGUUCCCGCUGCCUCGGAUCAUCUUCGCCAUGGCUCGAGACGGGCUGCUCUUUUCCUUCCUGGCCCGGGUGAGCGAGAGGAAGGCGCCCAUCACCUCCACCGUGUGCGCCGGAGUGAUGUCAGCCGUCAUGGCCUUCCUGUUUGAGCUGAAGGACCUGGUGGACCUGAUGUCCAUCGGGACCCUGCUGGCCUACACCCUGGUGGCAGCGUGUGUGCUGGUGCUGAGGUACCAGCCUGAACAGGGCAGCGCGGCGGACGGGAUGAGCAGCGGUCAGGAGGACGCCGACCUGAUGGACGGCAUCAGCGUGCCCAGCAUGGGGAUCCUGCCUGGGAUCGAGGAGCGCUGGAGCUUCAACGCCGUCUUCUGCCCUGACAACCCCGAGCCCUCGGUGCUGUCGGGCUCCACGGUCAACGUGUGUGCGUCGGUCCUGGGGCUCCUGAUCCUGGCGUUCAGUGUUCUGGCGGUCCAGGGGGGCGCGGCCCACUGGAGCCUCAUUUGCCUGGGUGUCAUCUUCCUGCUCUGCCUCUUCCUGGUCUUCAUCAUCUGGAGACAGCCGGAGAGCAGAACCAAGCUCUCCUUCAAGGUCCCGCUGCUCCCCUUCAUCCCCGUGCUCAGCAUGUUCAUCAACGUUUACCUGAUGAUGCAGCUGGACCGAGGGACCUGGAUACGCUUCUCCGUCUGGAUGGCCAUAGGCUUUGUCAUCUACUUCUGCUACGGCAUCCACCACAGCGUGGAGGCCACUCUGGCUCGCUCCUCUCCAGCCACUGAGAUGAGCAACUUCCAAAGCGACAGAGAUUCCGAGGACCGGACGCCCGAGAAGGAGUCCUUUCUCCACCAUGGCCUGGAGGCCAGAGAGGACGACGAUGGGGACUUGUAGACGGGACCCGGGCGCUCUGAUGGGCGCGGUGUUGGGCGGUGGACCUGGGAGUAUGUUUACGUGUCCUUCUGCCUCCCUUUGUUUUGGCUCUCCGUGCUGCGGCUGAGUUGGUGAUGAAGAGUUUGCUGUCAACCACCAGCUCCUGGCCAAACCUCCCCUGCCAUCCUAAAUACACGAGAUGUUUCCACAGCAUGUGAAGAGGCCGGAUUAACUGGCCUCAUCUGUUUAUCAUUGGGGUUAGUGUCACAGUUUAAAGAGGUUCAACAGGCAGGGGCCGUGUGAGUGUGAAUAUAUACAUUAGCUCUAACUUUAA